CCUUUUAUUCCAUCGCAUUGCUUCCGAAAUGAGGCUGAAAAGCUCUCUUUAUAUCAUUCUCGUGGCUAUGAAUCUUGCGUACGAAUCGGAUAUAUAAGAUGCUUCGUCAAUCGAUCAUCGCUCUCAUCGCUAUCACCUUGAUGCUUGAGGUGUUGUCGGGUCAACACGUGAAACCCAAGGAAUCGUCGGCUGCUAAAAAGAAGAAAAAAGACCUCACCGAUUACAAUGAAGCAGACUUAGAACGACUAUACCAACAAUGGGAGGAGAAUGAUGAGGACAAACUUGAUGAAGAUGAGUUGCCGGAACACAAGCGACCACAAAAACAAAUGGAUCUAGACAGCAUCAGAGCAAAAGCAAAGAAUCCCGAAGAUCUGCUGAGUGCGACGAAGAAAGGUCAAACAGUGAUGAUGUUUGUCAAUAUUCGGGAUCCCUCCAACCCUUCAGUGAAGAAUCGACCUUACACUGAAAGGACGGCCGAUGUCUUUAAUUCGAUGCUUCAUAAUAACCAUAUGGUUUCUCAGGUAUUUCUCAUUGAUGACGAUCGUGCCAUUUUCAUGUUUGAAGAAGGAUCUCAGGCUUUUGAAGCCAAGAACUUCUUGUUGGAACAAGAGCAAGUAACUGAGAUUAUCUUGGAAGGUCAAACAUAUAUCGGCGCUGGAAAGAAGAAGGAGAAGGAUGAGAAAGAAGUUGUUCAAAAGAAGGAGAAGAAGGAGAAGGAAGCUGGUCAGAAGAAAGAGAAGAAGGAGAAGGAAGCUGGUCAGAAGAAGGAGAAGAAGGAGAAGGAAGCUGGUCAGAAGAAGGAGGAGAAGGAGGAGGAAGCUGGUCAGAAGAAAGAGAGCAUGGAGGAGAAUGGGUAUGAAGCAGCACUGGAUCAAGUUGCUUCACUUCUUCAGAGGCCUGAUCAGUUAGAAAAGCUUCCGGAAAUGCGCAAAAGAGCCGAUAGGAAGAAGGCUGCCGUAGAAGCCAUGCUUCGUACUGGUGUGCAGUCACAAUUAGAAGGCAUUCGAACUGCGAUUGCGCAUCUACACACCGCUGCUGAAGACAUCAGCGCUAUCGAAACGGGCAUAGCGGCCAUACGACAGCGUCUCACUCCGUUCCCACAACUUCGCGAAAAGAUGCGUGAGCUGCGUGAUGCCAACGCCCGACAUGGGCAGUACGCUGCUGCUAUGGAAAAUCUGAAGCACAUUUUCAACAUCAACCAAACGAUCCAUGAUACUAAAGCGGCGCUAGAUCAGGGAAAACUCCUGGUAGCUCAUAAGAACAUCAUGGAUCUGGAAUUGGCAAGGGAUGAGCUCCUACUGGAAGUGCACAAGUCUAACUCUCCCAAUAAAGAUUAUGAGAAAAAUCUGCUCAUCACCUUCUUCAUAAAGGUUGAUGAAUUGGUCACAGAUCUUAGCAGCAAUAUGUGGUUCGUUAUUGGCCGCGCAUUGGAGAUGGUGAAGGGAAGCGAGACUGGAAGUGGGCCGCAAGAGCUUGUGUCUUGUAUCCGAAUAGUGGAACGAGAAGAGCGUAUCGACAAUUAUUACAUUGAGAAGAAAUCUAAAGGUAGUGAGUUUAUGCCACCCGGACGGCCUCGACAAUGGAGGAAGAAAGCUUUCGAGGUACUCGAAAAGACUGUUUGGAGUCGUGUUGAGGGAAACCAGCUUGAAGAUCGCUCUCUGAACAAGGCCUGGCUUGCUAGAUAUCUGGAAGUAUGCCGAAAAGUGAUUGUAGACGACCUACAACUGGCUCGUGCUGCAGUUCCGUGUUUCCCACCAGAUUAUCAAAUCUAUGAUAGAUUUGUUCAUAUGUACCACAACUGUGUUUGUAAGCGGCUUCGCGAAAUUGCUUCGGAGCAUUUGGAGAAGAGUGAGCUGGUUCAGCUAUUGAGUUGGAUACAAACUUAUGGGGGUGAAGAUCUUCUCGGAAAUCGUCGUUUGCAAAUCAACGCGGCCGCAUUGUUGGAAGAUGUUCCAGUAUUAUCGAGGACUACGCUCAAUUCGCUGUAUGAUAGUUUCGUUGACAUGACGCGCAGCGACAUGAAGACCUGGCUCGAAAAGACCCUGAGCGCCGAAAUGGAUGACUGGAAUAAACAUGUACGUCCUGAAGAAGAUAACUUCGGGUACUUCUACACUAGUCUGCCCAACAUCAUGUUUGGAAUGCUGAGGGAUACGGUCACACUCGCAAAAGAAGUGAGCGUUGAAGUUAUACCCAGUGUUAUCAAUCUUACGAUAGAGGAAUUUUACGUUUUUGCCAAUCGUUAUAAAGAGGCGUUCACUGCCUACCGUAACAAGUAUUUCGAGAACAGAAGCAACUUCAGAGAAUUUACUUCCGCUAUGAUCGCAAUAGCGAAUAAUCUCCACACUUGCAUCGAAUCAACAGACAAGUAUAUGCAGCAAGUUCGUCUGUCCAUGGAGCAUGACGAGCAGCAGGAUACUGUAGUUGCUGGAAGGCGUGCAGUUGGCCGUCAGCAAAUCAUUGAUAAUAUCGAUAAGCUGAAUACAAGAUGGAGUAGCGCUGUAGGAGUAGCAGUCAAUUUCCUACUCGAGGAAAUAUGUGAGGAUCUUGCUCCCCAUCUUGCAGAGCUUUUCUCUAGAAAAUGGCUCGUUGGGUGUUCUGCUCUUGAGACGAUUUGUAUAACAGUGCAAGAUUAUUAUGUUGACCAUCGUCACCUUCGACCUGCUACUCGUUGUGCUCUUCUGAUGGACCUACAAUUUAGAAUUGUUGGAGAGUAUUUGAGAGCAAUAGAUUCACGCCGUCUUACGUUUGCAAACUAUGAAGAACGAGCUUCUGCUGGCAAUCGGAUGAAAGCCGAUUCCACGCGGCUUGAAUCGUUGCUCAAUCAGCUUCUGGAAAGCGGAGACAUCAACGAGCCUUUCUCCCUCAUAACCUCGCUGAUCGCAAGUUGUGGCGAUGUAAUCAGCCUUCGUGACAAAUCUCUGCUGACUUUGGAAUUGACGACAUUUAGCCGAAAGUAUCCGAAUAUUCCAACGGAACUGCUCUCUUCCCUUCUUGCGUGUCGCGAUGAUGUCUCACGAAGUGAAGCGAGAUCUGUGGCAGAGGAUGUAAUGUCCCAUGUACAAUUCCAUCCUAAGGAUCAAGUUAUGGAACAGCUGUUCGCUUCUGUUGUUGGACGAUGUGAUUCAUCUUCAUGGAAGCCGAAUCUCGAUAUGAUGAAUAUGCUAUCGUUUUUCAUGCGAAGGGAACAGCCUCAGACAUAAGUUGGAAUAAUUCUUUUUGUCAGAUGUGUCCUAUGUACGCAAAUAAUAUUGUUGCUGAGCAUCCAGCUUCCUUCGCUAGUGAUGCUUAAAAAUGCUGAAGUCAUCGGAUCCAUAUGAUAUUGAUGUAUGAUAAUAAUUGUGAAAACUGUGAUAAAUUGUAAUAUAUAUUUGUUACCUUUACGAAUGUUUUUUCUAAUAAAAAUUACGGAC